CUUCACCACCCCAAAAUUCGCUGUCCCCAGAGUGACAAAAUUCCACUACCCUCUCUCUCUCUCUCUCUCUCUCUCUCUCUCUCUCUGUUCUGCGUUCGGCAAACAUACCAUAACCUCGGAAAUUACUUUUAAAAACAAGGAGCAAAACAGUGGAGCAUAGCGGUGGCAAACCUCCGAAGCUGCGUGAAAGGAGCGAAAAUGUCGACUUUCUCUGCAUAAUUCUAUGUAUAUAUGGAAUUUUUACUCUCUGGAAUCUUCUGAGCUUGGUAAUUAAGGGCACAAUUGGGAUGAUGAAUGUGAUUAGCCAAUUGGGUUUUGUGUCUGUGUGAACGUUCAGAUCUGUUGCACCUUCCAUGUUGGAAUUUUCUAUAAAGUACAAUUAAAAGAGAUUGUUCUUCCAACCUCCGAUACCUCUGAUUUGGGUGGCCAUAUACAUUUUUCAUCAUGGUUGCUCCUGUUGCUACUUCUGCAUUAUUUCAAGGUGCAUCUUCGCUACCUGAAUCUGGUGCCAAGACAUCCAGCAAGCUUGGAGGAGUGCCAACAAAUGCGGAUACUGCGGGUAUUAAAUCAAGAUCUUCUACCACCAGGGGCUUAAAGGUUAAGGCCAAUGCACAAGCCUCUUCCAAGGUAAACGGUACCAAAGUUGGCAUAAUGGAAGGCCUCAAGAGUGAGAAUGAGGCACCGCCACAUCCCCAGAGGACUUUUAUCAACCAAUUACCAGAUUGGAGUAUGCUUCUUGCUGCUAUCACGACCAUAUUCUUGGCAGCUGAGAAGCAAUGGACGAUGCUUGAUUGGAAGCCAAGGCGCCCUGAUAUUCUCGUAGAUCCAUUUGGUUUGUUGCAGGAUGGUCUUGUUUUCCGUCAAAACUUUUCUAUCAGAUCUUAUGAAAUUGGAGCUGAUCGGACUGCCUCUAUAGAGACGCUGAUGAAUCAUUUGCAGGAAACGGCACUUAACCACGUGAAGAGUGUGGGGCUUCUGGGUGAUGGCUUUGGUUCAACUCCGGAGAUGUGCAAAAGGAACCUGAUUUGGGUGGUCAAUAAAAUGCAAGUUGUGGUAGAUCGCUAUCCGACUUGGGGCGAUGCUGUACAAGUAGACACUUGGGUAGCUCCGUCUGGAAAGAAUGGUGUGCGACGUGAUUGGCUUGUCCGUGACUGGAAGACGGGGGACAUUUUGAUAAGAGCAUCCAGUGUCUGGGUGAUGAUGAAUAAAGAGACACGUAAGAUAUCCAAACUUCCAAAUGAAGUUCGGGAGGAAAUAGGUUCUUAUUUUGUGGAUUCACCUCCUUUGGUGGAUGAGGAAAGCAGAAAAUCACCCAAACUUGAUGAAAGCACAGCAGACUACAUUCGUACUGGUUUAACGCCUAGAUGGGGUGAUUUAGACGUCAACCAGCAUGUCAACAAUGUGAAGUACAUUGGUUGGAUUCUUGAGAGUGCCCCGCUCCCUAUUUUGGAGAGUCAUGAGCUUUCUGGUAUCACUUUGGAGUACAGGCGGGAAUGUAGAAGGGGCAGUGUAGUCCAGUCCCUCACCGCCGUAUCUGGUGCCAGUGUUGGUGGUUUGGUUGAUUCAGGUCAUGUCGAGUGCCAGCAUUUGCUUCGACUCGAGGAUGGGGGUGAUAUUGUAAAAGCAAGAACUGAAUGGAGGCCUAAAUUUGCCAACAGCUUUGGGAGCCUUGUUCUGCUUCCAGCAGCAAGUGCAUAAUUACUGAGAAGCUCAUAGUCCAUCCUACUCAAGUUCCAGGAGGAUAUUAUCUAUAUGCUGAUCUGUGUUGUUAUUUGUAGAAUAGAGGAAAGUUGUAAGCCCUUUAUAAGUAGAUCGUGCCUCUCUCUCUCUCUCUCUCUCUCUCUCUCUCUCUCUCUCUCUCUCUCUCUCUCUCUCUCUCCUUGCAACAAUAGCAAGUCACUCAUUAAUUUUUUAGCAAUGGCAAUAUAACUCAUUUUCAUAUGAUGUAAUGUGUUUAUUUGGUCGAACACGUGAUCCAUUUCAUUUUCUACUAAAUAUUGGUUUCAAUUGUAAAGGCUUGUUCAAAGAUUUGUUUCAAUUGUACCAAAAACGAAUCGUGCUUUGUGAUUUAUGGUUGCCGUAUUCUGAUGCU